UCGCGUUUGCUGUCGAACGACCAGAACAACGCACAUCAAACGACAUGAUCAUGUGAACCACCAUGGCUUUGGUAGCCUAGGGUUGUUUUGUCGCUCUUCUUUCUCUUUCCUUGGUUUGUUUUCCUUCGUGCAGGUGCAUGGCUGACCGGGGCUCGGACAUGCACCGUGAUUCACACGUUGGCGGCCGGCCGAUGCCGCUUCGGCCACCUCCUUAUGACCAGGGAGGAGGCAAUGCAGCGCAGCGGAGCGAGACGCACACGAGGACGGAGAGGGCGGCCUCCGGGAAGCACCCGAGCUACCGCGGCAUCCGUUACAGGAGCGGCAAGUGGGUGUCGGAGAUCCGCGAGCCGCGCAAGGCCAGCCGCAUCUGGCUAGGCACGUACCCCACCGCCGAGAUGGCGGCGGUGGCCUACGACGUCGCGGCGAGCGCGCUGCGUGGCGCCGACGCCGUGCUGAACUUCCCCGACGACAUCGCGUCCCGUCCCGCCCCGGCCUCGCCCUCCCCGUCCCACAUCCGCGUGGCGGCCGCCGAAGCGGCCGCCGCCUCGCAGCAGCAGCUAGGAAGGUACGUAGACGAGGAGGAGAUAUUUGACAUGCCGCAGCUGCUGGUGAACAUGGCGGAGGGGAUGCUGAUAAGCCCACCAAGGCUGAGCCCGCAGGGGUGCGAGGAGGACUCGCCGGAGGCCUCGGAGGGGGAGAGCUUGUGGAGUUAUCCUUAGCGGCAUCGCCAAGCAACAGCAAGCAGUGGGAUAAAUGAGUGUGUGGAGCGAUGCAUCUACAUCAGUGCAUCACAUCAUUCUAAGAUCAUGCAUGUUGAAUCAUGGACGGAUCACAGGCUUUGCACACAGGUGCA